AUGAUCGGUCCCAGCAGCACGGUACGCCGACAGGCCCAGUGGUCCCCCUCAGCCGUCAUCACGGCUGGCGAGGACCACCCGCCGCUAUGGAAGGAUCCCGGCUUUCGCAAGCUGUUGUUCCCUAUCAUCGUCAUCUACCUCACCCAGACCUGUACGGGAUUCGAUGCUACGUUGACCGCCAACCUGCAAAGUUUCAAGGAAUGGAAGACUGAGAUGGGCACGCCCAACAGCUCGCAGCUCGGUCUCAUCAGUGCCAUCUACUUCAUGGGCUGCUUCGCGGGUAGUAUCCCCGCCGCCAUGAUCACGGACAAGUUUGGACGUAAAUGGGGCAUCGCCGUCGGCCAGUUCUUCACCAUCAUCGGCGCCGGGUUCCAGGCCGGCUCCAAAGGACGCGAGCAAUACAUGGGAUCUCGCUUCAUCCUCGGUUUCGGCAUUGCUUUCAUUACCUGCGCAGGCCCCGCGCUGCUCAGUGAGCUGGCCGUGCCUCGCAUCCGCGGCACCCUCGUCUCCUUCUUCAACCCCUUCUGGUAUUUGGGCUCCAUCAUCGUAGCCUGGACCUGCUUCGGGACUUCACACAUGUCGGCCACUGACACGUGGAACUGGCGAAUCCCCUCGCUGCUUCAGGGCCUGAUCCCUUGCAUCGUGCUCGCGCUCCUGUACUGGCUUCCCGAGAGCCCACGAUGGCUGGUCCAUGCCGGCCGCACCGAAGAAGCCAAGGCCAUCUUCGCAAAGUACCACGGCAACGGCGAUGAGGAUGAUCCUUUGGUCACCACCCAGAUUGCAGAGGUCCAGCUGGCCAUUGAGCUGGCGCGUGAAGGCAUCACCUGGAAAGCCUUGCUGACGCGCAAGAACAAUCUACGGCGCGUCUUCAUCGUCGUCACCAUGACGCUCAUGACGCUGUGGUGCGGCCAAAACAUCAUCACUUACUACUUCUCGAGCAUCUUGAACAGUGUGGGAAUCACAGGCACCACCCAGCAGACUGGCAUCAAUGGCGGCCUCAACAUCGUCAACUUCUGCUCAUCCAUCGCGGGCGCCAUCCUCGUGGACCGCACAGGCCGCCGGACACUAUGGAUGUCCUCGUUCAUCGGCAUGAUUAUCAUUUUUGUGCCCUUCAUUGCGCUCAAUGCCGUCUACGUGCAGACAGGCCGACAAGGCGAGGGCUACGGCGUCAUCGUGUGCCUGUUCCUGUUUGACGUCAUGUACAACGUCGCCUGCAACCCCCUGCUGUACUCGUACCCUACCGAGAUCAUGCCCUUCUUCAUGCGCUCCAAGGGGUUGGCUCUCAAGAACGUGGUCGGUCAAGUCGCCCUCAUCACCAACAUGUACGUCAACCCGAUCGCGCUGGCCAGUAUCGGGUACUACUACUACAUCUUCUACCUCGCCCUCAACUGCGUCUGGCUUUACCUUAUCUGGAUGUUCUUUCCGGAGACCAGGGGCUACUCGCUCGAGGAGCUGUCUCUGCUUUUCGACGGUGACGGCGAGAGUGGCGACGUCCAGUUGCUGGCCGCCAAGGCUGGAAGUGACGAAAACGUCACCGUAGUUGCGGAGACGAAUGUCUCCAAGUCUUAGGUGAGCCCUGCACGAAUUGAGGCUCAACGUCGCCGUUGAUUAGGAAGUAUUCGGAUGGAGAGU